GACCCGGGUCACCUGUUAGCUCUCAGUUUUGAGGUCAUUUUGAACUUCUCGCUGGAUUCACACCCACUCCUUCCUUAAUACACAGGACAAGAAGGGCGCACCGGGGAGGGACCUCGCCGGUAAAUACAAGGGGGUCUGUACAGUGUUCCUCAGCAGCAUGGGUUGGAUCAGCCGGAUCGCUUGGCUUUUCUUGGGAGUAUUACUACCAGCAGAACGAGCAUGCUGCCAACACUUCAAGAACAACGUGCCGCGGCUAAAAUUAUCCUAUAAAGAAAUGUAUGACUCCAACAAUAUUGUCACUUUCCAUGGACUGGCCAAUAGUUCCAGUUACCACACGUUCCUUUUGGAUGAGGAGCGGAGCAGACUCUAUGUUGGAGCAAAGGAUCACAUAUUUUCUUUCAACCUAGUCAACAUCAAGGAAUAUCAAAAGAUUGUGUGGCCUGUAUCUCAUACCCGUAGGGAUGAAUGCAAGUGGGCUGGAAAAGAUAUUCUGAAAGAAUGUGCGAACUUCAUCAAGGUGCUUAAGGCUUAUAACCAAACUCAUUUGUAUGUCUGUGGAACUGGGGCUUUCCAUCCCGUGUGCACAUACAUCGAAGUUGGAGGGCAUCCUGAGGACAAUAUUUUUAAGCUGGAAGAUUCACAUUUUGAAAAUGGCAGAGGGAAAAGCCCCUAUGACCCCAAGCUGCUGACAGCUUCUCUUUUAAUAGAUGGAGAACUUUAUUCCGGAACGGCAGCAGACUUCAUGGGCCGAGAUUUUGCCAUUUUCCGGACACUGGGGCACCACCACCCUAUCAGGACAGAGCAGCAUGAUUCCCGAUGGCUUAAUGAUCCUAGAUUUAUUAGUUCUCAUCUAAUCCCAGAAAGUGACAACCCAGAAGAUGACAAGAUCUAUUUUUUCUUCCGUGAAAAUGCAAUUGAUGGGGAGCAUUCUGGAAAAGCCACCCAUGCCAGAAUAGGGCAGAUCUGUAAGAAUGACUUUGGGGGCCACCGAAGCCUUGUUAACAAGUGGACCACCUUCCUCAAAGCCCGCCUGAUGUGUUCUGUGCCAGGGCCCAAUGGCAUCGAUACUCAUUUUGACGAACUCCAGGAUGUGUUUCUAAUGAACUCUAAAGACCCUAAAAAUCCAAUAAUCUAUGGGGUAUUUACAACAUCCAGCAACAUCUUCAAAGGAUCAGCUGUGUGUAUGUACAGCAUGACUGACGUGAGGCGGGUGUUCCUUGGUCCAUAUGCUCAUAGAGAUGGUCCCAACUAUCAGUGGGUUCCAUACCAAGGGAGAGUGCCAUACCCACGGCCAGGAACUUGUCCAAGUAAAACAUUUGGGGGCUUUGACUCGACCAAGGACCUUCCCGAUGAAGUCAUCACAUUUGCAAGAAGCCACCCGGCUAUGUACAACCCGGUAUUCCCUAUCAACAACCGUCCCAUUAUGAUCAAAACGGAUUUGGAUUACCAGUUCACACAAAUUGUAGUUGAUCGGGUAGAUGCAGAGGAUGGCCAGUAUGAUGUCUUGUUCAUUGGAACAGAUAUUGGGACGGUUUUGAAAGUGGUUUCUAUACCUAAGGAGACUUGGCAUGAUUUGGAGGAAGUACUGUUGGAAGAAAUGACCGUCUUUCGGGAACCCACAGCUAUUUCGGCAAUGAAGAUUUCCACAAAGCAGCAACAGCUCUACAUUGGCUCAGCUGUAGGAGUUUCACAGCUUCCCUUGCACCGCUGUGACGUGUAUGGGAAAGCAUGUGCGGAGUGCUGCCUUGCUAGGGACCCCUAUUGCGCCUGGGAUGGCUCCUCGUGCUCUCGGUACUUCCCCACAGCUAAAAGACGCACUAGAAGACAAGAUAUCCGAAAUGGCGACCCUCUUACUCAUUGCUCUGACCUACAGCUUCAUGAUAACCCCAGUGGACAUGGGCUUGAAGAGAAGAUUAUCUAUGGAGUGGAGAACAGCAGCACUUUCUUGGAGUGCAGCCCAAAAUCUCAGCGCGCUCUGGUCUACUGGCAAUUCCAGAAGCAAAAUGAUGACCGAAAGGAAGAGAUUAAAGUAGAUGAUCGUUUAAUCCGGACAGAACAAGGUCUCCUGCUGCGGAGUUUACAGCGGAAGGACUCGGGAGUUUAUUUCUGUCAUGCUGUAGAGCAUGGCUUCAUGCAAACGCUCCUCAAGGUGACCUUGGAGAUUAUCGAUACGGAACAUCUGGAAGAGCUGCUUCAUAAAGAGGAAGAUGGAGAGAGUUCCAAGAUCAAAGAAGCUUCGAAUAGCAUGACCCCAAGCCAAAAAGUCUGGUAUAGGGACUUCAUGCAGCUCAUCAACCACCCCAACCUUAACACAAUGGAUGAGUUUUGUGAACAGGUGUGGAAACGGGACCGCAAACAACGCCGGCAAAGACCCGCCAAUGCCCAAGUGAAUACAAAUAAGUGGAAGCAUUUACAAGAGAAUAAGAAAGGAAGGAACCGGAGGACCCAUGAGUUCGAGAGGGCACCGCGGAGUGUCUGAGCUACAAUUACCUCUAGGAACUUCAUCUAAGUAGAAACUUGCAUAGACAGAUAACUGGAAAUAAAAUGCAAUAUUAAUGAACUUUUCCAUGGCAUUUAUGUGGAUGUUUACAAAGAGCUAGGAGGCUCAAACAAUUUCCACGUGGUUUA